GCGAUGCGUUGACUGUGCCAUCCGCGUUAUGUCGCCCAUCCACCAGCUCUUGAGGAGGAUGGAUAGAGGGGGGAUGAUGAUGUCCAUCGUUUACGAGUGGAGUCAGCAUCUUCUGGAGUUGAUGAGGAGGGUGGAUGUGCCGGCGGACAUGGUCGAGCCGUGCGUGCGCGAGGUUGUCGUCCGCAACCUCCACAUGCUCGAGCCCGCACAUGCUGCGGCACACCUCCUCAACCCUCGCCGCCGGUCCCUCCGAUAUUAUGAGUCGUUGCAGACGACCACCGACAUCGCCCGUGUGGUCGAGGAGUGCGACAAAUUUCUGCUCGCACAGACUGGCGGCGAUCCGGUCGGCAGACUAUACAGGACAGUCCGUGACCAGAUCAGGCAUUUCCACUCGCGGCGGGGAGAUUGGGGAGAUCGGGAGUUGUCCGGUGCCGAGGCCGACGACUGUCGGGGGGACCGCGAGACUGAGCGUUGUGCCCAGUGGUGGUUUGAUCACGGACGUCAUCACCCUGAGUUGUGCACCAUCGCCAUCCGUGUGAUGCACUUGUGGAUGUCCGCCUCUCCUGCGGAGAGGAACUGGGCACACCACGAGCGCAUCAACACGGCGAGGCGCCACAAGCUUGGCUUUGCCAAGCUUGCACAGCUGGUUGAGACUGCCACCGAUCUCAAACUGGCCGGGUGCGCACAACAGGGUAGUGGCUACGUGUUGCCCUGGGUUAUGGGGACAGGUCAGGAGGAGACCGCGGGAGGGCAGGAGGACGACGAGGGGGACGUGGACCCCGAGGUGUGGGGAGCACGACCUGCUGGCAGUUUCAGCGAGCAGGACAUCGAGCGCCAGGUCGUCGCUUUCCAUGCUUGUCAACUGUCUAGAGCCGACCCGGUUCAGGACGUGUUCGGUAAGAGGGCGGUGGAGCUACGGCCGUGGUCGGAGCAGACGUCGGACGCUGAUGCAGACGGUGACACGUCGGACGACGAGUGGACGGACGAUGACGACGCUCCCGUCAGCGGCGACGCGACGGCGGAGCGGGUCUAUUUCACGUACGGCGGAGGACCUAAUGGCAUGACUCCACACACAUCCAUCAUCACUAACGAUGUGUCGUCCGGUGGUCAGGCCAGUGGCACCGGCAAAGCCGGUGGUCACCUCGGAGGAGCGGGAUGCCCGACUGGACAGAGAGGAGGAGGAGGAGCGGUUGCGGACUUUGCCGGGAUGGGAGGGUCGUUUCACGUAUAUGGAGGAGCAGCGCCGACUGAGGGAGUUGGAGACAGGGGGGGUAGCGACGGUGACGGAGGCGAUGUGGGUUUUGGUGGGGAGGCUGAUGCGGGGACGGCCCGACAGGGUGUCCCCACGGGUGUUGAGGGAGAUGGUGUUGCCGUGGGUGGUGGGGGGCAGGGUGGCGGCGAGGACGAGGACGAGGACGAGGAGGGGUCCGACCACGGAGACGACGGCGACGACGAGGAGGGGUCCGACCACGGAGACGACGGCGACGACGGCGGCGACCACGGCGACGAGGGCGGCCACGGGGACGACGGUGGCCACGGCGACGACGGUGGCGACGACGGCGACGACGGCGACCACGGCCACGACGGCGGCGACGGCGGCGGCGAGAGAGAGAGAGAGGGUAGGCUGGCUUUGGUCUUGAGGGACCCGUCAGUGCCUUCACUACCUCUCACACGGCCCGAGGCCUUCUCGCAGGCUGGUUUUGAUGCCAACGAUUUGGCGCGACUCGGUUCACAUGACCCUUUCCCCCACACGGGCCGCAGGAGCGGCGAGAGGCGCCCUCCUGGAGGGGCGUAUUCGCCCCCGCCCUACAUCGUGGAUAGCCCUAGAUGGUCAGGGUCUUCGCUCAGCGGCAUUAGAGGGAGGGAGUCCGGGCCGGUUGAUGGCGGGUCGGGCCGCCGGAGUGACGGUGGCGGAUCUUCUGGAUCGAUGCCUCCGCCACCCGCACGGAGCACGGAGGGUGGCGCCGACGCGACUACGGCCCGUGCGCCCGUUGCCGGUUCCCCGCCGCCUGUCGCAGGUGGUGUUGCCGGCGGAUGGGCAGCUCAUCGCCGGGUCUCGGACCGAAUGAGGGCGGAUUACGACGCCAGGAGGGGCGCCUUCGCAGAACGUUUGUCACCUCGGUUUCAGGUUGCGGGCAGCAGCGAGGGUGGCUCCGGACGUCCGAGUCUUCACAUGGCAGGCCACAUGCUCGGUUUGUCUCGAUCAGCAACGAGGAGAGUUUUGAUCCCACCGCCGAUUCCGGCCCGAGGGACAGCUGCGGACAUGCAGCAGGGUCAGCACUACACAUUCGGCGAGGAGGGGUUGCUGAUGUGGAGUGGGACGAGACGACACAGCGCCGUCACGGAGGUUGAGGCUCGACUCGCAGCAGAGAUCACCGCCGGCCAGGCUGCAUUGGACGCGAUUCAGAGGCAUCGACGGACGAUUGCUGCAGCGGGGGCCGAGGACGAGGACGCGGACACAGAGUCCGAGCCGGUUGACAGUGCAGUCCGCAGACAUAGAGCGGUCGUGUCCGCGGCAGCCGCGGCAGCACAAGCGACAUACAUCAGCGGUGCUCAGGGCACAGGUGGUGGAGAGGGCCCGGGAGGAGCGCGUGGUCGACAGUCCACCAGGAGAGGCCGCGGGCGUCCUUCCGGAGAUUUGAACGUUUGUUACGCAUGCCAUCAACCGGGCCAUUUAGCCCAAGAUUGCCCUCAUCGACCCGCACAACCACGGGUCGGGGUCGCACCAAUGGCGGCGGCCCCCAUCGCUAAUGGACCUGGACGGGUAGGAGCUCUAAUGGAAGAAAUGGAAGGCGGAGGAAGUACGUUAGCUACCACAGAAGAGGCUGUUGAGCUCAUUCCAUUAGAUCAGUAUGUAUCACUUGGGUACCCGGGGCUUGGAAUGAUCGGGACAAUCAGACCUGCACCAGAACAGAAAGAAGUGGCGGAAUGGCGACCUUCUCCAGGGGAAAUGGAGUCGGGAGGACCCACCUUCGUCACUGGCGAGAUCGAUGUCCUAAACAUCGUCCGAGCUUUGGACUAUCGGAUUCCUCUUCCGAUUGGCCAUUUGCUUUCGAUAUCAGAACAGGCUAACGAACGGAUGCUGCAACAUUGCAAAGCGAAUCGGAAACAAUUUGCCCUUGCCAGAAUGGCCAACACGAAAACAAAAGGACCAAUGCCAGACGAAAAUGCCGCAGGCGCUUCCAAUCCAACACGCAUAGGGCUGAUACAGAAAGAUGAUCACUUCCUGCGGAUCAAACCAAUCCCAUGGAAAUCCGCGGCAUGCGAUAUCGAAGUAUGGGGAGUCCCGUAUAAUGCCAUCAUCGAUUCAGGAACCGCUGUUUUGGCCAUUUCGCUACGGGACAUUCGAGAUGGAGUAACCCCGAAAGAACAUGUGGCCAUCUGGGAACAAGAUGCACAAAUGAUGGCCACGGUGUUCUCCUGGCGAUCCGAUAACUCAUUCAUCUCCGCGCCCCCGUCGGAAAGUACGAAGCGGAUAAAUACGAAACACAUCGAUAUGCGGAUAUGGGACGAGUUAUAUGAGUUACACGAACCUCGAUACGUACCUGAUGAGAUUCACCUCUUGAUCGCCGACAUCCUGAAGGAAUACAAAGGAGCGAUUAGUGUGAUAGACACGGACAUUGGACUGUCGUUAGUCAUACAGCAUGAGAUUCAAACGGGAAAUCAUUCCCCGAUUCACUGCAAACCGUACAGGUAUUCCCUGAUGGAGCGGAAAAAGGCUCUCGAGCGGAUUCGAGAGUUCGAAGCACGCGGAUGGAUCGAACCCGCCACCAGACCAUGGUCAUUCCCGGUAGUAUUAGUGCCGAAAAAGAACGGAUCAAUUCGCAUAUGCAUCGAUUAUCGCAAACUGAAUGAUAUCACGAUUAAAGAUGUAUAUUCCCUCCCCCGGAUUGAUGAUUUGUUGGAUGCGAUUGGGUGUGCUAACUAUUUCAGCAAGUUUGAUAUUCGACAUGGCUUCCAUCACAUUCUGGUUAAGGAGGAAGACGAGGAAGAAACCCCGGAAGAGGGGAGCUAUAGCAAGCACAGCGAGGAAGAGCCGAGCGAAGAGGGGGUGAAGAGGAGCAAGACGACGAAGAAGAAGAACUGGAGUUAGAGGAAUCGGAGUGGGAAAUCU